GCAUGACACGACGUUCUAAAAACGCGAGAUCUUACGUUUUUCCCCUUUCCUCUGCCCGUUUAAAGCUGGAUGAUUGCAAACGAUUGAAAGUGUUUGAGCAUCUGCUGCACAGCCGUUCAUGAGAGUUUAAAUGCUGGAGAAUAUUCCCAUCUUCCCACAGCUGAAGAAGAAGCAAGCAGGAGGAAUUACUCCAGGAGAAACUACUGACAUACUGUUGGAAAGAUGGAGUUUGAGGAAGACCCCUGCAGAAUGAGAGAUGAAGAUACAGAGGAACAAACAGUUAAUUUUAGACUCAAUGGAAGUGAUUGAAGACGAACAACAUCGGUUUAAAAAAACUCAUCAUUUCACAAAUGAAGAUGGAAACAUUGUUUCAGAGACUGACAUUAACUUCACAUUAAAAAGUGCUCGCAAAACUGCUGAAAAAGGUUAUUUCGCCUGCACCGAGUGUGGAAGAAGUUUCAAUGAUAAAUCAAACCUAAUGAGACACAUGAGAUUUCAUGCUGGAGAAAAACCAUUCGCAUGCACUCAGUGUGGAAAGAGUUUUGUUCUGAAAGGAGGAUUGAAUCGGCACCUGCAAGUUCACACUGGAGAAAAACCAUUCACAUGCACUCAGUGUGGAAAGAGUUUCACAUCCAAAAGCAUUCUGAGGGAUCAUCUGGUCUCUCACACUGGAGUGAGAUCAUUCAGCUGUGAUCAGUGUGAUAAAACAUUUGCUUUUGAAACAAACUUAAGAGAACACCUUAAAAUUCAUACUGGUGUGAAGCCUCACGUUUGCAGUUUUUGUGGAAAGAGGUUUUCGGCACUGAAAAGCUUACAGUAUCACCAGAGUAUUCAUACUGGAGUGAGACCUUAUAUGUGCUUUGACUGUGGGAAGACCUUUAGUUCGUCGAGCAACUUAAAAACACACCAGAGGAUUCACACUGGAGAGAAACCUUACAAGUUCUCACACUGUGGAAAGAGUUUCUCUCAUUCAUCAACCUUGAAAGAUCAUGAGAGAAUUCACACUGGAGAAAAGCCGUACCAGUGCUCUUCGUGUGGGAAGAGUUUCGCCCGCUCCUCUAAUCUACUGACUCAUAAGAAAAAGCGUUGUCUGAGUGAGCAAAAGCAUUUGUGAAACAAUGGCAAGAUCAGUCCGUUAAAUCUCUGUUAAUGUUCAUGGUGUUAGAAACUCUUGCAUUGAGGGCGCAAACAUUGAAAUCAGUCCAGUUUUGGCUUGGGCUUGUUUAUGGUUAAAUAGGUUUAUUAAUAGUGAUGCCAUUUAUUAUUUAUAAUGUUGUGUGUGAUGUACUGAUUUCCAUGAGAAAUAAAAAGGAAGGAAA